GUGUAUGCACGAUGUGACAUUUUUAUCAAAAGAUACAUUAGUAUCAAGGCUCUGAAUAAUUUGUGAUUAGCUAACUUAUCAAUUAGAACAUUGAACCUGUGACUCUAACACGAGUUGUGCAAAUAUCUAUAUUUAAACGGCUAAUAAGCGGAAGUUUGUGUACCCUGAUAAUCAAAGUGUACAUUCAUAUCUAAAGAUGUCGGAAAAUGAUCGACUUUUGGGGCCAGGCAAAAGUGGCUAUCAAGGCGGGCAAGCAACUCCCUAUCCAUCUUCUGGGGGAUAUCAAGGUCCUCAGCCUGGAGGGUCUCACCAGGGUGGACCUUCAGCAGGAGGUUAUCCUGGCGGUCAACAAGCAGGUGGGUAUCCGGGCGGCCAACCUGCAGGAGGAUAUCCUGGCGGCCAACCUGCAGGUGGAUAUUCAGGAGGCCAACCUGCAGGUGGAUAUUCAGGAGGCCAACCUGCAGGCGGAUAUUCGGGAGGCCAACCUGCAGGCGGAUAUACUGGUGGACAACCAUCUGGUGCAUACCCUGGUACUCCGACUGCAUCUAAUCAAGGAAGCGGAUAUAUAGCACCUCCUCAGGGGGUAUCAGUUCCACAGUAUACUGGUGCAAUUCCUGAAAAUGAGGCUCCCACAGACCAGCAAUCUGAACCAACAGCACCACCUCUGGAAAAGAUGGAUGCUAUUCCAGGAUAUCAAAAUAUUGGAUUCACUGAAUCAUUUCUCCCUCCACCACCAACUUAUCAAGAUGCAAUGAAAGGACCACCUCCAGAAAGACAAAAUAUAUCUAAUGUACCAACAAUAACAGAACAAGAAGCUAGGGAUGCUUUGCUGGAAUUUGUAGCAGAUAACUGUUGCUAUGGAAAACGAGCCGCGGAAGAUUUAAAUUUCAACGACUUAAAGUCAAGUAGUGCCUUUCACUACACUAUGGAAAGUUUUACCGAAGCAAGAUCAACAGAAUGGGCAUACGAACCUUAUACUGGACAACCAAUCGAUGGUCCUCAUAACGGACCAGCACCGGGACCAUGGGAUAUACAGUCCAAACCAUCACAACUCUUCAAAAACGAAGUAAGAAGGAUAGAGGUACCACAUACAGCAUCGAUAAAGCCUUGUCAUCAUUGUUUUGCAUCAGGGUUUAUCCGGUGCCACAAAUGUCAAGGUCGAGGAAGGACUCGAUGCUUUACUUGUAAUGGUUCCGGAAUGAGAAUGGGGCAUAACCAUCAUCACCACGACCACCACCACCAUGGUCAUCAUGACAACCAUCAUCACCACCAUCAUGGGUUUGAAGAUGAUAAUAGGUGUACUUGGUGUCAUGGCAGUGGAUUUCGGGACUGUGGCACAUGCCACACAAGAGGAAUGGUUGUAUGUCCCCUGUGUAGAGGUUACCAUCAGUUGAAGUGUUACAUAUGUCUUACAAUCAAAUGGCAUACAGAGGAAGACCACCAUAUCGUGGAGAGAACAGCAUUGCCAGACCAUCUUAUAAAGCAAGCACAAGGACAAGUAGCAUUCGAAGAAUCAAUGCCAAGGGUGUAUCCAAUAACACAAUUCCAAGACAGUGAAGUAAAUCAAGCCUCAGCAACACUGGUCGCUAAACAUCAAUUCCCAAGUAAAGCUAUUUUAAUGCAGAGGCAGAGAGUUCGAAUUGUACCAGUAACUGUAUGUAUGUACAAAUGGAAAGACGGAGAUUCUGAUUUUAUAGUGUAUGGUUUUGAGAAGAAAGUGUAUGCACCAAACUAUCCCCAGAAAUGCUGCUGUGGAUGCUCUAUAAUAUAGAAACUGUUGUACUCUUGAUCAGAAAAAUAUAUCUUGUAUCAAAAUCAAUUUCAAAUACUCUAUACAUUCUGUACAUGUAUAUUAUUAUCAUUGUUUGUAAACUAAUUGCAAAAGUAGAUUGUGCCAUAUACACAAAUGUAUCAUGUUUUCUACUAAUCUGUUUAUAGAAAUCAUCUGUGCCAUAGAAACAGGACCUCUUUAUUGAGACUUAACUGGAAAUAAAUUAUAAUGUAAACUA